UUUGUUUAGAUCUAAUAUGACCAAGAAAAUAUUUAUUAACUCUAAGAAGAAGUAUGAUGGACUGUCGUUCCUGACUCAGGAUAUCAAGAUUAGGAAAAUAUUUGAUAUUAAAACGUUAAUCGAGAAGCUAAGAAAGUUUGUGUCACAAAAACAAUGGGUUCCGAAAGGUCCGCUUUAUGAUUCGCCACGAUCGUAUGCAGAAUGUAAAGUUUUAGUUUUACUAGGACAUAUUCCAAAGGGUCUCCAUGAAUCGGAGGUGUUCAUAAAUUUUGUGAAUCAGCUUCUCAAAGAAAAUUGGAUUUUUUACAUUGUUAAUGAUGGUAGUAGUGAAACAUUCAAUGUGAAAGACUUUGCACCAAUUUGCUUGUCAACGGGUGGCAUGUAUUUCUCUUUUCGUGGAAAAAGCAAGAAAAAAAUUAAAACCUUGGUGGAAGAAAUGUUUAAAACGAGUGAUAAGAUCCACCGUGGCAAAGGUCAUGUUGUUGACAAAUUAAAGAUCUUCUUGGAAAGUCAACCUGCUGACAAGUGGAUUCCGUUUAACAAGAUUUGGGAGUGGAAAAGUGAGAUUGUUGUUCAUAAUGUCUCCUGCAACGACGGUCAAUUAGGUCAACCAAAUCAACAAAGUGAGGAAAAUAGUAGUUCUCAAGAAUCAGGUGUUGAAAUGUCUUUAGAUGAAGCUUCUGCGUCAUCGGCCCCCAACUCAGAAGCCCACUCACAAGAAACAAGUGCACGCCCGUCCAGUCAAUUGGUAGCGUUGAGAAACUCUGCGUUAAUAUCGUCAAUAUCUGGCCACGUUCAGCGUAUUCCAGAAAGAAUACCGUCGGAAAGUAGCGAAGCGUUACUUGAAAACCCUUCUGAGAACUUAUGUAUUCAGAGGUUAUGUUACUCGUUACGUAGUCUGGCAAUCAACACAGGUGAACCUGUAAUAAGUCCUGCAAGUACACAUGAAACAGAACCCGUUUUGUUUGGCAUGCGAUUGAGAUGGCCAUCUGAAAGUAUUGACUCUAGCUUAAGAACACCUAGCGAAAGCAUUGAUUGCACGUCCAGAAGACAGGCUACGGAAAGUAUUGACUCAGGCUACUCCAGCCAGAUAUCGAGGGAGAGCUUGGAUCUCAGCUUUAGAAGAUUACCCCUCUCUUCUGAACCCAGAGAGCAUUCCAUGCCGGUUGAAACCACUGAUUAUACCCUGGAUAUUUCUCUCAACUUGGCAGAAGUGUUCAUUAACUAAACAAGAGAAGAUGAAGAGUAAAAAAGAAAGCCGAGUUUGUUUUGUUAACAGGUAUGCAGAGAAUGACUAAGUAAAAAGUUUAUGCGGGGAAAGUUCUAUACUGCAUCCAAUGCGAUAUAACAUCGUGACGUCGAAUUCCGACGUUUUAUCGUGACGUUAAAUGCCGAUAUUUCAUCAACACGUUAAAUCUCCUUAUGUCUAAGUUGUCUUUUCUUAACCUCGACUUUGUUUUAAAAGAAUUUAUACAUCUGUUAUUGAUGUAAUGUACCACCGUUUUACUUGGUACCAAGGAACUCAACACAACAUUAAACGUUAUGAAUGCUGUCAACAGAAAUAAAUAGUUAGCUAUUAACGUGACAACAUAUAAGUAUGCAAAUUGGUGAGAUAUAACUAUUUUGUUCGUAGUACCGCUUGUUUUUAUCUGGUGUUUUAAUUUUUUAUACAUAAAGUCUUGUUCAUAGAAUGCUACAAGGUAGCACAUCGAGUUAUAAAUGGCAUUUUUUCGACAGCCUUACCGAUUCAAUUUAACGUCACGUCGGCCAUUUUUGUCGUUUUGACAUGUCAUUUGCCUACCUGCUUUGUUAAUACGUUGACAUUCAAGUUGACAAUUGCCGAGUGAAUUAAAGAAGCUGGAUUACGAGUCACGCGAUUUUUUGACCAAGUCAAUUUGAAUAAUUUUUUAAACUAUAAUUUGCAAUAUUUGACAUAUCUUGGAGACGAUUAAAUAUUAUUUCAGAUGGCUGUAAAACUCACUCUUCGUCAGCUCUCUCGAAAUCUAAAAGAAUCUUAAAAAGAUUUCAUCCCACUAUGAUUCUUAUAUAUUUUUAAAUUUCAGAGCUUUUCAGUCUAGUAGAUUCUAAUAGAGAGAAAUUUUUUAAAUAAAUUCGAUAACAAAUAUUUUUUAUGCUACAUAUAAAACGGGUAAUAUACUACACACUGCGAAGAAACAUGCGCGUGUAGUCGCAGAAAAAUAGUCGAUUCCCGCGUUUUAUGUAUGCAGUUUAAUUUUUUUAGUGCAUAGUACAGUCUGUCCACGGGUUAGCGAGUUUUACGAAAUUUUAUGUGCUUUAACCUUAAGAACAAUUUUAAAUUGUAAAAUUGAUAAAGUAUAAAUGCAUUUUAGUACGUUUGAUAUUUUAUAUUUUUAUGUCAAUGAUUUUUAUUUUAGUCAUCAGGCAUAUAAGAAGAAAAAAUCUUUACGCAUAAAAAUUUUCAAAAGGCUCUGUUUUUAAACUGCUUCAUCCUUAACCUGUUGGAGAUUUUAAAAAUUCUCGAGAAAAACUUCUGGAAAGUUGAAAGAAAUAUCGGGGAAAACAUUGUUUCUAAAUUUAAUUUUUGUUAAAUGGUACAAAAUGAUAUUGGUUUAUAUUAUAGAGCUUAAAAAGUUGGUUAACAAGUCUCUAUAUGUUUAAAAAAGCUCUUUUCGUUCUCAAGAUAUUCACAUUUAAAGAAUUUCAAAUUUAAUUAUACUGCAUAAAUUAUGAUGUCAAAUUUAAGUAAUAGCAAAUUUUGACAUUUUCUGUCAUCAGUAAUUUUAGACCUGUUAAGGAUGUGCAUUCAAACUUUAUCAAUGGAUAGAUUUUAUAAGGUGAAUUGAUUAACAUAAAAUUCUUUGCCAAAAAAAACUCGUUUGCUCGUACCAGGCCUCUUAAUUUUUUGCUUUAAAAAAAUUUAAAAAGACUAGUUAACCAACUUUUUAAGCUCUAUAAUAUAUGUCCAACAUCAUUUUAUACCUUGGGGUUCUCUUUAGGGUUUUAUUUUUUUAGUCAUCAAGUCAUGGCAAAUGUUUGCAGGUUCUUUCUUCUUUUUCUUAUAAAAAGUUCUGUUUUUGUCUAUACUAGCGCGCUUCUAAAAAAAUGAUAUAUUCUUAGAAUUUACUUCUUCAGAAUGAGUGGCUCACCUGCUAAUUAUUUAGCUUGGAAACGAAAACAAGUCUGUAUCCUUGGAUUUUUCUAGUAUCAGGUAACAUUGUGACUUUGUACCUUACCAAUAAAAAUAAUAACUAAUUUUAACACAGUAAAUAAUGUUUUGUACCGGUGACAAUCUUUCCCGCCUUUUUUUGACGAGUAAUUUUUUUCGCUAAUUUUUUGUUCACUUUUUUUUUAAGUUGAUUUUCGGAUUAUAUUUUAAGUAGAGAUUUUUUGUUCGCAUAUAUUUCACAUUCUAUAGAUUCAAUAAGUGUAUUCUAAAAUUAGUCGUAAAAAGUCACCGCGAUGGUGUUAUUUGUCGCUAAAAUUCGACUAAUUUUUUCACCUACUAAAUUUUUACCAACCUUUUUUGCCGACUUUUUUUGUCGGCGUUUAUUACCGACAAGGCAAAAUUUUUAUAUCCAGCAGUAAAGAUUUAGCAAUUUGUUAUAAAUUCAAAUUAUAUAAUAAAUGGAAUGCAAUUUGUGAAGUAUUUUGAAUAGAAUAUACUGUAAAAUUAUUUUUCAAUGUAAUAAACAUUUCGUUACAUAAA